AUGGCUUCGAAUGCACCAGACAUUAUUACUCUCGACAACCUGUCGCAGACUCUUACACCAUGGAACCCUCAAGGCGAAAGUCAACUGUAUGCUAUAGUUGAUAUGGGAAGCAACGGCAUUCGGUUCUCAAUCACCUCUUUGGCGCCGCCAUUUACACGUCUUCUUCGCCCAAUCUACUCAACUCGGGCUGCUAUCUCACUCUUUGAUGCCCUCAAGACCACCCCCAGAGGUCUGGUAUUUCUGCCUGAAACCAUCACUGCCGUCUCCAAGACAUUGGAGCGCUUCCAUCAGCUUGCUGUGCGGCAUGGAGUUCCCACAAGGCAUAUCACCAUCCUCGCUACAGAGGCCAUGCGUCGCGCUGACAAUGCUGCUGAGAUGCUCGAUGCCAUCGCUUCAGUGACCGAUGGUCUCAAAGUGAGCAUCCUUGAGCCCGCGGUGGAAACUCUGUUCGGCGCUAUCAUGGGUUCCCGCAGUGGGCUUGUAGGUGUUGAAGGUGGCGCUCUGUUCCUGGAUCUCGGAGGCGGCAGCGUGCAGAUGACGUGGGUCGAUACUAGCAAGCCCAACUAUGAGAUCGAUGCUGCCCGGGCUGGUGUGAGCCUGCCGUUUGGAGCUGCGAGAUUGAUCCGCGUCCUGCACGAGCAGCCAGCCGAUGUCCAGGCUUCCGAGAUCUCAAAGCUCCAGGCUGGUAUGCAGCAGGCAUAUGCCAACUUAUGCUCCCAGUUCCCUACCCUCGACGCCAUUAGAGCUUCUCGCGGCAAGGACUCUCGGGUAAACGUAUUCAUGUGUGGCGGUGGCUUCCGUGGUUAUGGCAGUAUGCUGAUGCAUCAGGACCCCGUGAGUCCAUAUCCCAUUCCAUACGCCAACGGGUAUACGGCUCCCGGUACCCUCUUCUCCAAAGUGAAACAUAUGCGUCGCAUCAAUGAGGAGCAUGAUGGUCGCAUAUUCGGACUCUCAAAGCGCCGUCGGCAACAGUUUCCCGCAAUUGCUACCGUCAUUGAGGCUCUGCUUGCCGCGGUGCCGAAUAUUGGGAACGUCACAUUUUGUGGUGGCUCGAACCGACAAGGCGCUCUUAUGAUGAAGCUUCCUGUCGAAAUGCGCGAGUCUAACCCCCUAAACGUUCUUGCCAACGUUGCUACAGACGAGAAGCCCGUAUUCGACGCCGUGGUAAAGAUGCUCAAGGAUGCAAUCCCUCAGGGAGUAGACCUUUCUACUGUGCCAAAUGUUCUAGCUCCUGGUUUGGAUGUCCUUUUUGCACGAGAUAUCUGGACUCGUCAGGGACAUGAUGCGGAGAACAACACGUCAUUCGCACUGCAUCAUGCAAUCACCCGAGACGCUGAAGUUCCCGGCCUCUCACACACUGGAAGAGCUCUUUUGGCGCUUUCAACCUCGGCUCGAUGGGGAGGCCACCUGAACCAUCUGGACUCACAGCUUCAGCAAAGCUUGUCUGCACUUCUCGAGAGCCAGCAUAUAGACGCCCCUUUCUGGGCUUCCUACAUUGGUGCCAUAGCCGGGAUUCUAGCAAUGGUUCUACCCAUUGCUCCAACAACUGCAGACGAAGUCAACAAUGCCAUCAGCAUAAAAUCACAUCUCAAGAAAGCAGAUGACAAGAAAGACAAAAUUGUAUUAACGAUCGGAGUCGCCUCCGCCAACAUAGCGGGUGUCAGUCUAGAAGACCUCGCCGAUAGAGUGGAGAAAACCGCCAAAAAGAAUGGUGGAAAGAAGCCGAGAUUCAAGAUAACUGCCCAAGUGAGCCUGUUGCCAUGA